GCGCCGGGCCUGAAGCUGGCCACGCUGGGGCUGAUCCUGUGCGUGAGCCUGGCGGGCAACGUGCUGUUCGCUUGGCUCAUCCUCAAGGACCGCCAGCUGCACCGCGCGCCCUACUACCUGCUGCUGGACCUGUGCCUGGCCGACGGGCUGCGCUCGCUGGCCUGCUUCCCCUUCGUCAUGCUGUCCGUGCGCAGCGGGGCGGGCGCCUGGCCGCACGGGCCGCUCAGCUGCAAGGUGCUGGCCUUCCUGGCCGUGCUCUUCUGCUUCCACGCCGCCUUCCUGCUCUUCUGCGUGGGCGUCACGCGCUACAUGGCCAUCGCCCACCACCGCUUCUACGCCAAGCGCCUGACGGGCUGGACCUGCCUGGCCGUGGUGUGCAUGGUGUGGACGCUGUCCAUGGCCAUGGCCUUCCCCCCCGUCUUCGACGUGGGCACCUACAAGUUCAUCCGGGAGGAGGAGCAGUGCAUCUUCGAGCACCGCUACGUCAAGGCCAACGACACGCUGGGCUUCAUGCUCAUGCUGGCCGCCGUCAUCGCCGCCACCCACCUGGUCUACGGGAAGCUCCUCUUCUUCAUCCACGGCCACCGCAAGAUGAAGCCGGCCCAGCUGGUCCCGGCCAUCAGCCAGAACUGGACUUUCCACGGGCCCGGCGCCACCGGGCAAGCGGCGGCCAACUGGACGGCCGGCUUCGGCAGGGGCCCCACGCCGCCCACCCUGGUGGGCAUCCGGCAGGCCACGCACAGCCAGAUCAAGCGGCUGCUGGUGCUGGAGGAGUUCAAGAUGGAGAAGAGGCUCUGCAAGAUGUUCUACAUGAUCACCUUGCUCUUCCUGCUCCUCUGGUCCCCCUACAUCGUGGCCUGCUACCUGCGGGUCUUCAUCAAGGCCAGCACCAUCCCCCAGGUCUACCUGACCGCCUCGGUCUGGAUGACGUUCGCCCAGGCUGGAGUCAACCCCUUCCUGUGCUUCAUUUUCAACAAGGAGCUGCGGGUCUGCCUCCGAGCCCACUUCCCCUGCUGCCAAAGCAUACAGAGCGCCCAGGGCACCAUACUGUGUGAUCUCAAGAGCUUUGGGAUGUAGGGUGGCUUUUCUUUCCUUCUUUCUUCUUCUAUUUAUUUAUUGGUUUACUUGUCUGUUUUUUAAAGGGUCGUUUUCCCUAUUUCUGCAUAUGAUCCUGGGAGAGCUGCCUGCGGGGACACUUU